AUGGAUUUACCCGUGGAUAAAAUGCGAAUACUAAAAGAGUACAAUAAUGAGAAGAAAUGGAAGGUGGUCGUGGAUAGUAAAUGCCCAUGUGGAUCCAGCAGUUACCUGACAAAGCUGUCAUAUUUCCUCGACAAGAAAACCUUGAAGAAGAACAAGAAAGUGCUGGGAGACGAAACGUCAACUGCAGUUCUGAAGCAUAUUGAGAUUUCAUUACGAACGAACAGUGUCGACUGGGUUAUACAAUUCCUGAACCCACCGAAUAAUGGUCUUCAAGUACUUGUCGAGUAUAUGAAUCAGCUGCUACUGGAGGCAUCAUCCCAAUCAUGUACCACUGAAACGCCUCCGGGUUCCUCUAUGGACUGCAGUGAUCAUGUGAUUCCGUCAAGCUCUUCAGCUUCGACAGUGCCUUCGGGGUCGCUUUUCAGAAAGAAUCAUACAAUAAGUGGAAGGACAACAAAAGUUAGCAAAAAUGUUGGCGAGCUGGAAGAUGAUGUUCAUGUUUGUAUUAUGUGCCUUAGAGCCAUAAUGAAUGAACAAGCGCCGGUUUCGAGAGAGUUCUCGCCGGAUUCGCGAGGACAAGUUUAUUGCAUGUGCAAGAUACUUCAUCAAAGCCUUCGAACAAAGACGUUGGUGAUGCAAAUGCUGUCGUCGAUAUGCAUGGUUCAAGGUGGUCAGGAGCUUGUGAGCGAUGCGUUCGAUCAGUUCAGAUUGGAUUAUCGUGAAAGGCAUCGUUUCCAAACGCUGAUGUACUUUAUACGAAAUCCACCUGAAUUCCAUGUGGAGUUCCUUUCAUCGGCCGUACAGUUCUUGGAUAUUUUCUCAUCGGUAGAGGAUUUGAAUCAAAAAGUUUAUCUACAAUAUGAGAUGCAUCUGCUCGGACUCGAUGAUUUUAUCGACGAGAUGGCAGAAUGCAUGUCGGAUGAGCUGCAGUCACGAAUGUCCGCAUACGUGAAUGGAGAGAGUGGACGUUGCCGCUCUUGUUGA